CUCCGCUCAAUCGUCCACCUUCCCCGUGCCAGACUAUCUUCCCUGCUUGUCCUCAUCAUGCCCGCCUACAACAUUGUCGUUUUCGCCGGUGACCACUGCGGUCCCGAGGUUACCGCCGAGGCCAUCAAGGUCCUCCGCGUCAUCGAGAAGAGCCGCGAUGACAUCACCCUCAACCUCCAGGACCACCUGCUGGGCGGUGCCUCCAUUGACGCCACAGGCAACCCUCUGACUGACGAGGCCCUGGCCGCGGCCAAGAAUGCCGAUGCCGUUCUCCUCGGUGCCAUCGGUGGACCGAAAUGGGGCACCGGCGCCGUCCGCCCGGAGCAGGGUCUCCUCAAGCUUCGCAAAGAGAUGGGCACAUUCGGCAACCUGCGUCCCUGCAACUUCGCGGCCCCCUCCUUGGUCGAACACUCCCCCCUGAAAGCCUCCGUCUGCGAGGGCGUCGACUUCAACAUCAUCCGCGAACUGACGGGCGGAAUCUACUUCGGUGACCGCAAGGAAGAUGACGGCAGCGGCUACGCCAUGGACACGGAGCCGUACUCGCGCGCCGAGAUCGAGCGGAUCACGCGCCUCGCGGCCCACCUUGCUCUGCAGCACAACCCCCCUCUCCCCGUGUGGAGUCUGGAUAAGGCCAACGUGCUGGCUACGAGUCGGUUGUGGAGGAAGACGGUCACCGAGAUCAUGGCGAAGGAGUUCCCGCAGUUGAAGAUUGAGCACCAGCUUAUUGAUUCUGCGGCUAUGAUUAUGGUUAAGAACCCCCGUCAGCUGAACGGCAUUAUUGUCACGAGUAACCUGUUCGGUGAUAUCAUCAGUGAUGAGGCUAGUGUUAUUCCUGGUUCUCUGGGAUUGUUGCCUAGUGCUAGUUUGAGUGGUAUCCCUGAUGGUAAGGGUAGGGUUAAUGGUAUUUAUGAGCCUAUUCAUGGCUCUGCCCCUGAUAUUGCUGGCAAGGGCAUCGUCAACCCCGUCGCUGCUAUCCUGUCCGUCGCUAUGAUGAUGCAGUACUCUUUCGGUCGCUUCGAUGAGGCCCGCGCUAUUGAGGCUGCUGUCCGCAAUGUCCUUGAGUCCGGUGUCCGUACCGGUGACAUUGGCGGUAAGGCUACCACUAGCGAGGUUGGUGAUGCCGUUGCGGCCGAGCUGGAGAAGUUGUUGAAGUAGGUUAAGCCAUGCAGUGCUUGCAUGAUUGGGUUUUCAUGAUGUGCGAAAAGUAUUGAUUGUUGGGCGGGUGACCCGCAUGAGAUAUGACUGGAUCUAAAUGAAUAUAAUAAUUACAUUACUACUACUC